CGUCGCAUGCAUGGAUCGCCCGUACAAAGAGGUCCCAAGGGAAAGCUAUUGGCGCUACUCUCGAGUUCGUCUCUCAGAACUCAAGGGAAAGUUUUCUCUGUAACUCUAGGUUUUUUUCUCACUCCUUCCACUUCGCCAGUCGACAAAAAAAAAAAAAAAAAUGCUUCUGAUCCGUUGCUUCACGAUCUUCUUCGCCAUUUCCGCCAUGGCAAUCCUUCCUCAAAUCCAGGGAAUGUCAGCGUUUGAGCUUCGCCACAGAAGCUUCGGAUUCUCUUCGUCGCCAUUUUCGGCGGCUCUAGAAAUCCUUCAGAAGCGAAUCGGCUACAAUUUCACAAGCAUUGGUCUUCUUCGGCGCGCGAUGACCCACUCCUCUUUCUCAGAAGAGAACAACCGAGCAUUGAGCUUGCUCGGCGCCAGUAUCAUCCAAACAUCUGCCUCUAUGUACUAUCUCCAAAGGGAUAUUGACAUCUCCUCCAAGGAUUUGAGCCUUCGACUCACAGAAAUCUCUAAGGUGGAGACCUCCUGUGCCGUUGAUGGUACGAGGCUGGGGUUGCAGAACAUGGUUAGGGUAUCUCCCAAGACCGAUUCUUCUGCUCCUUCCGUGGUUUGUGGCGCUUUCAGAGCAAUCUUUGGUGCUAUAGCUCUUGAUACCGGAAAGUCUGAUGAUGCCGGAAGCUUUUUCUGGGCCGUUCAUGAUGCGAAAGCUGGAGGGGCUCUCGCGUCGUAAAUGGUGAAUUUUCUCCUAUGUGCUACUUUGCAUUAGUAGAGUUCCUGCUAUGUUACUAACUCUUAGCUAAGGUGUUUGACCUGGUAGCAAAAACAGUAGUAUUUCUGGUUGAUAUUGUUUGUGCAAAAAACUUGGCUUUAAUAGUUAUGUGUACUUGAUGUUUUGAAUUGAAGAAUACCCUUUGCAUGGGAUUCUAAUGUCGUUUGAGGUCUCCUUGCAAUAAUAGAGUAUAUGAGAAGUCAGCCCUAAUGGGUCCUUACUACUCGA